AUGGGAGAGUUCUGGGACAAUCUAGUCAAAGCAUUAGGCCAAGUAGAGAAGGCAAGUCAAGUUAAAGAUAUCAAAGCCUGCGCUUUACUUCUAAGGCUUCUUCCUUCACUUCGUCGGUCAUCCUCCUUAGAGUCUAUCACAAAUGCUUACAAAGCAUUCUACAGCACAGAUCCAUCAUGGGGCCAAUCCUCGUCUUCCUCAAAACUUCAAUUCUCCUCCCCUGAAGUCGAAGCUUAUCUUAAUAUCCUGAUCUGCAUGGUCUUAAUCAAAGAAAACCACAUCGAUUCCAGCAAAGAAAUCGCAUUGGCGCAAAUCGAAAAGCAUCAAGCUUACACUGCUCAGCCAUUUGUUGCAAAAUUGUUCUAUUAUUUUGCGUUAUCCUGCGAAAUCAAGCAAGAACUUGACGAAAAGCCAUUCCUGGACUGGUACAGACAAGCUUGUUUAAGACAUGAUAAUUUUAUUCAGGCGACACUGAUUAAUGUGAUUCUGAGAUUCUUUUUACUGAAAAACAAAGUACAGCAGGCACAAGAUUUCGCUGAUAGGACAGGAUUUCCAGAAAAUGCCCCGUAUUCAGAGAUUGCCAGAAAUCAAUAUUAUUUAGGAAGGAUUAAUGCUUUGAGAUUGAACUAUGCAGAAGCACUGAACAGGCUUAUACAAGCUCAAAGAAAGGCUCCAGAAAACAGCGGAGCUGGAUUUAAGCUUGCAGUGGAAAAGCUAAAGGUAGUAGUUCAGUUAUUGAUGGGAGAAAUACCUGUCAGAAAAACAUUGGUAGGGUAUAAGGGACUUGGAGCUUAUGUAGACUUGGUUAGAGCUGUCAGAUCUGGAGAACUUGAAAGGUAUAACCAAGUUAUCGCAAAUUAUCAAAACGCCUUUAACGAAGAUAUGAAUCUUUCAUUAGUUGCAAGGCUAAGACAUAUUGUGAUUAAAGCUGGGCUCAAGAAAAUAAAUAUCGCUUAUUCUGUUAUAGCCUUAAAAGAUAUAGCCCAUAAGUUAGGACUGCCAUUAACAGAUACUGAAUUUAUUGUGGCAAAAGCAAUUAGAGAUGGAGUCAUUGAAGCAACUGUUGACCAUGAAAAAGCAGUUUUGAGGUCAAAGGUACUAGAAGAUGUAUACAGAACUAAUGAACCUCAGCAUGCGUUCCAGAAAAGAAUCGCUUUUUGCAUGGAUUUGAGAAAUGAUACUGUGAGAGCUAUGCAAUUCCCACAGGAAAAGAAAGAAGCUGAAGAGCAUAAUGAAGAGAUAGAAAUCGAGCUAAUUGAAGAUGAUGACGAUUUUUAA